UCCAAUCAGCCAAUCAGCUGCCGGCGUUUGAAAUCUUCUCAACUGCCAAAAGUUUUUCAAGCCGUGGUGGAUGCUUGCCGUAAAAACCCAACCAAACGCAAUAACUGUGAAUAAAACUAGGAGUAAUUAGUGAAAAUGUCGAAAGUGGACGAUUAUGUCGUAGUUCCCGACUAUAUAUACGACGAGAACACGAAAAUUAGGUACAAAAAGGGGCAGUUCUUCGGCAAGGGCGGAUUUGCAAAAUGCUACGAAAUUACGAAUGUGGCCAACAGCCAAACGUUCGCCGGGAAAGUCGUCUCGAAAAAGCUGAUAGUCAAGGAAAACCAGAAGGAGAAAAUGACUCAGGAGAUACAGAUACACAAGUCGUUGAAACACAAAAAUAUUGUCGGUUUUUAUAGUUUUUUCGAGGAUACGGACAAUAUUUAUAUAGUUUUGGAGCUGUGCAGAAAGCGGUCUAUGAUGGAGUUGCAAAAGCGCCGAAAAAUGCUCACCGAGCCCGAAACUCGCUUCUACAUGCGUCAAAUCCUGAACGGAGUAAGUUACCUCCACCAGAGGCGCAUCAUCCACCGCGAUCUCAAACUCGGCAAUCUCUUCCUCAACGAUGAACUGACGGUGAAAAUCGGCGAUUUUGGUUUAGCCGCAACGAUAGAAUACGAAGGCGAACGCAAAAAAACCCUUUGUGGUACUCCGAACUAUAUCGCACCGGAAAUCCUCCAAAAGAAGGGCCACUCAUUCGAAGUGGACAUCUGGUCCAUCGGGUGCAUCAUGUACACACUCCUGGUGGGCAAACCACCGUUUGAGACACGUUCGCUUAAAGAAACGUACUCAAGGAUUAAGAAAUGCGAAUAUCAUUUCACGACGACUAUUUCUCCAGCGGCGAAGAGCAUGAUUAUGCUCAUGUUGCAGUCAGAUCCGAAAUCGCGUCCAAAAGUAACCGAAUUGCUACAACACCCGUUUAUUACCGAUGGGUAUUGUCCGUCUUCGUUGCCGGUCAGUAGUCUGACGAUGGCACCCAGGUUCCAGAAAUAUGACGUGUCGAUGAGGAAACCGCUUAGUGGAAUCAACAACGGUGACGCGGUGGCGAAUCCGGAACUGCGAGCGCAGCAGGAUUCGAUAACGGCGCAUCUGACUGGUGCCCCCAAUCACCACAUGUUCGACGCUAAGGAGAAUUUUGUCACAUUGCGAAAUAUGUUGGGACGUCUUUUGAAAAUAAAACCGGCGAAAAACCACGUCUUCCUCGACGAGAUGACGGACCCAGCGGCCCAACCCAUGAUCUGGGUGUCGAAAUGGGUCGAUUACUCGGACAAGUACGGCUUUGGCUACCAACUCUCUGACGAAUGCGUUGGUGUUAUGUUUAACGACACCACCAAGCUCAUUAUGCUUCCGAACGGAAUAAACGUCCACUACAUUGAUAAAAACGGGGACGAGGUUUACAUGACCAUGGACAACUACCCCCGAAGCUACGACAAAAAAAUGAAGUUGUUGUCGUAUUUCAGUCGUUACAUGCGAGAGCAUUUGAUCAUGACGGGGGCGUCGGUGGUGCGGGAGGUGGAUUCGCUGUCAAGGACGCCCCAUUUGCACCAAUGGUGCCGGUCCACGUCGGGGGUUCUCAUGCAGUUGAACAACGGAACGGUGCAGAUGAACUUCAGCGAUCACACCAAGAUCAUUAUGUGCCCUCUGAUGGCCGCCAUCACCUACAUAGACGAGGAGAAGCAGUUUAGGACCUUUAGAUUUUCCUCGCUCGAAACUAACGGCUACAAUAUCGCUCUCUACGAAAAAAUGCGAUACGCUUACGAUAAAAUUUCCCUGUUGUUGAAUCCCGAAAACAAUUACAUGAAUUGAGCAGAACUGCCCUUUAUUUCUUGUUAGACUGCCAGUGGGAUUAAUGGAAAUAAUUUAUUUCGUUUAAGGAUCGACAAGUCCGUGUACUUUUCUUAUACAUAGUUAUUACUUUUUUAUAAUUUUUGUAUUUUGUCUCUAUAAACAUGUUACAUUGCA